GGUGGUGGGGGGGGGGAAGCCUCGCCCGGCCCCCCCCGGAGCUGCGCAGGCGAUGCCCGCUCGCCCCGGGUCCCCCCCGCUCCCCGCCGCCGGGACGCCGAGCCGGGACUGAGCCACCGGGACGCCGCGGACGAGGGGCGGCAUGGCCGGGGGGGGCCGCGGGGGCGGCUCGGACCCCCACCGGGGACCCCACGGUGCUGGGUCCUGGCGGCUGCUGCUGCUGGCCUGGCUCAGCCUGGUGGGCACGGCACAGGACCCAGCCCUGGGGACACCAGCUAGGGUCCCCGAGCCCCCAGCCCCUGCUCGGCCCCAGGGGACCUGGGGGUCCUGGGGACCCUGGAGCUCCUGCUCCAGCUCGUGCGGGGACGGCGUCGCCCUGCGCAGCCGGCGGUGCCUGCGGACCAGCGAGGAGCGGCCGUGCACGGGGGACCCGCGGCAGUACCGGCUCUGCCAGCUCCAGGGCUGCCCCAGCGGCUCCGUGCCCUUCCGGGCCAUGCAGUGCUCCCUCUACGACAACCGGCCCGUCCUGGGCACCUCCGCCCGCUACCGCUGGGUGCCCUUCCACGGAGCCCCCAACCUCUGCGACCUCAACUGCCUGGCCGAGGGGCACAAUUUCUACUACAGCUUCGGCCGGGUGCUGGACGGGACCCGCUGCGGCCCCGGCUCCCCGGACCUGUGCGUCGGUGGGCGCUGCCUGAGCGUGGGCUGUGACGGGAUCCUGGGCUCGGGCUCGCGCCCCGACGCCUGCGGCCACUGCGGCAGCGGCCACGGCUCGUGCGUCCUGGUGCACCGGCUGUUCCAGGGCUCGGACCCCUCCUCCGGAUAUUUGGGAUAUGUGAAUGUGACCAAGAUCCCGGCCGGGGCCACCCACAUCAAGGUGACGGACAAGAGCCGCAACUACCUGGGUAGGACGAGAAGUGCCUCGGUCCCAGUCCCUCCCAGUCCCUCCCAGUUGGCCCAGGCUGGUGCCAGCUCGCUGAUGGCGAGUGACGGCCGCUACGUCCUCAACGGCGACUGGGCCAUCGCCUGGCCGGGGCCCUACGAGGCCGCCGGCACCCUCCUGACCUACAGCCGGGCCCCCGACGGCACCGAGAGCCUGGAGGCACCCGGACCCACCCAGGAGGACCUGCACGUGAUGGUGCUGCUGCAGGAGCCCAACCCCGGCAUCGAGUACCAGUUCUGGCUGCCCCGCGGGCACCCCCAGCUCGGCCGCGGUGACACGAGCCCCCUGCGGCAGCCCCAGCCCCGGGGGGCCGGCAGCCCCCCGCCCCCGGAGCCCCCGCUCAGCCCGGCCCCCGCUCCGCCCCCACGGCCCGGGGGCUUCGCCACGGAGCCACCGCCGAGGAGCCCCCCCGGCCGGAGCCAGGACGGGGAUGCCGCAGGGCGCUGCGGGAGGUGCCGCCCGCCCAAGGGGCGCUCGCAGCGCAUCCGGCACUUCUGCCAGAGCGACUUCGUGUUCCACGGGCGGAUCCUGGCGCGGCGCCGGGUGGGGCGGGAGACGCGCUACGAGGUGCAGGUGGAGGCUCGGUACCGGCAGCGCUUCCCGCUGGUGGCCCGCGAGUACCUGUGGGUGCCCAACACCUGCGGGUGCCCCCCGCUGCUCGAGGGCGGCGAGUACCUGCUGAUGGCGCGGCGCCACGUGAACCACGAGCACACCCUGAACCGCAUCCUGCUGCAGGACGACGGCUACGCCCGGCCCUGGACGCCCCGCGAGGCGCGGCUGGUGCGGGAGGCGGCCCGGCACUGUCCCCAGCCCCGGCCACCCUGAGCCCCUCCCCGCUGUCCCCAGCCCCGGCCACCCUGAGCCCCUCCCGGCUGUCCCCGCCCCGGGACGGGACCCCGAGGGCGAACCGGGUGCUCCUGCCGGGCACCGAUCCCUUCCCGUGCCCCCUCCCCGUACGGACCCCCGUCCAUCUCG